AUGCCCUUCGGGCCCUUCUCCGCCCUCCCUCGCGAUGCUUCUCCCCGCUUGCGCAUCGUCCAAAACUGCCAAAUGGGCAUCGCACUCCUCGCCGUAGUCGCCGCCUUCUUCACCCUCGUAAUCCCAUCGGAGCGCAAGUUCUUCACCUUGAGCCUUCUCUACACGCCCCUCCUGACCUCCAUCACUACCGUCUACCUCGUCCGCCGAGAACAGAGGCGCGCCGUCGCUGGUACCCUCUCCAAGCAGAGGUAUAUCAAAUACCAGUGUUUCAAGAUGGCGGCUGCGAUUGGCAUGUCGAUCAUAGGCUUCAUUGGACAUGUCGCUAGUACACCGGCGAAGGGAGAUGCAUACUUUGCUGGAGAGCGGGGACUGUGGAUUAGCGGAGUCAAGAUCAACACAUGGCAGGGACUGUUGCUUUGGUUGAACUUCUUCAACUGGCAACAGGGCUCCAUUGCUCUUACUGGCGAGGAGGCACGCAUUGGCAUCGACCCUGAGGAGGCUGACGACGAGGCUAUUGCUCGCGCUCUUCAGGCUGAGGAUCCCAACUGGCAGGGAUAG